AUGUAUUGCGACAACGCGACGAACUUUGUGGGAGCAGAGAGGAAGCUGAGUCAGCUCCGGGAAGCCUUUCUGGCACAGAAAGAGGAGAUUCUCCAAUACGCCGCCGACGAAGGAUUCAUCUUCGCCUUCAUAUCUCCGAGGGCACCCCACUUCGGCGGCCUGUGGGAAGCAGCAGUGAAGUCGGCUAAACAUCUGCUGAUGCGCGCCGUAGGCAACGCGCUGUUAACCGCCGAAGAAACCGCAACGCAUCUCGUCCCGACCGCUCGCACCACUCAGCAACGACCCCAACGACGCCGAGGCGCUAACGCCGGCGCAUCUACUAAUCGGUUGCCCCUUGCGAGCUUUGCCACCGGAGAAGGUACCCGUCAACCGCAGCCGCUGCUUAGAGAGACGGCAGCUUGUUUGCUCUCUCAAGCAACAAUUUUGGCGCGCGUGGUCGAAAAGCUACCUUCUGAAGCUUCAGCAGUGCAACAAAUGGGUGCACCUCCAGCCCAACGUCCAACCAGGCCAACUCGUCGUCGUCCACGAAGACAACGCACCACCGCAGCAAUGGGUGCUGGGUCGAGUAAUCGCAACCAUUCCCGGAGCGGACGGCAUUGA